GAUGUUUCUGCCACCUCUAGUCCAGUCCACACCCAAACAGCCACCAGCCAAACAAACAUUUCCCGAGGAAACCAGCGGAAUUCCAAUUGAAUUUCCCAGCCAAGGAUGCAAAAAUCAUCCCACUUUGCACGCGAGGAUUCCCAGGAGCACCUGCCCACCAGCCACACCCAGAACGCGCACACGGUGAACAUGAAGCGACGCACUUUAUCCGGAAGCUGUGGCGUUGGCGUCUUCGUGUUUGCCUUUGCCUUGAUUGUGAUUGCAUUUGCAACGCCCAGUUGGUUGGUCAGCGAUUACCGCAUCACGGGAGCCAAGCUGGAUCGCCUGGGCCUGUGGGUGCACUGCUUCCGCUCGCUGCCGGAUGUGAAUGACGACAGCCUGCGCAGGUUCUUCGUGGGCUGCCGCUGGGUGUAUGACCCAUUUACCACGGGCUACGACGAGAUUCGCGGCUUCCUGCUGCCCGCCUUCAUGAUAGCCACCCAGUUCUUCUACACGCUGGCCUUCAUCGGCAUGCUGCUCUCGGCCAUUGGGGUGCUCAUCUUCUUCCUUUGCGCUGGACCGGAUCAGAAGCACUUUAUCAUGCUCAUCCGAUCGGUGGGCUAUGUGCUUUUGGGCGCCGGAGUAAGUGCAGCCAUUGCGGUGAUUGUGUUCGCUGGGUUUGGCAACCGCAACGGCUGGAUGCCGGAGCAUGCGAACAACUGGUUCGGCUGGUCCUUCGUCGUCGCCUGUGUGGGCACCGUGCUGACCCUUGUGGCGGCCACUCUCUUCCUCAGCGAAGCGCACGUGCAGCACAAGAAGCGGAUUCAGUUCAAGGAGUCGCAGACGCGGUUCGAACUGGUGCGCGGAUAGUCGCGGUCGCAGCCACUGGCACACUUGCACCCAGCAAAAAAACUCCGAAACUUCAUGCUAAUUCAGAGGAAAACCAAACAAAA